AUGUAUUAUGAGAGAUUGAGGAUACAGUUGAAAGUAUUUAUAUAACAAGAUUAUUAAAGCAAUGAAACAAUCUUUAUAAGAUUAUGAAUUACAUCACCAAGAUAUAGAAAAAGAUUGAAAAGUAACCUAUCUUCGUAAACUCGAUUUUGAUGAAUCCAUAUUAGACUAACUUAUAAUACAUUAAUGAAUAAUAGUUUCAUCCUUUUGGAAGAUAUAUGGCUACAGAGCCUUUAACGGUUGUUCAAUAAUCACAAAAAUUAAGGCAAUAAAAGUUAUAGUAGAGUAUCGAUUAAUGA